AUGUUUGGAUUAGAAAUUCUGGAGUCUGGAUCAUACAUCGAGGACCGACAAUUUCUUUGCCCGGCUUUAUCCUGGUCGGAAAUUGUUAGCCUUAUAAAUGAACAAAAUAUUCUUCUUUCAAUCAGAUUCUAUCCAACAAAUUUUGAAGAUUACAUUCGUAAAGAUCGUUCAGCUCUAUUUUAUUUACACGAUCAAGUAAAUCGUUUUUACGUUUCCCUUUGGGAAGAUCUCAAAGAUAGCCAAGCGUGUUUCGAAAUCGGUUGUUUGCAGAUCAGAUUUUCCCUUGAUUCCGAUAUCACUGACGAGUCGUUGGAUGAACUUGAGAAAUCAAGAGGUCUUUCCUCAUUUUUUCCAAACCACAUAUUGCGUCGUCAAAAGGUUAAAUAUCUUAAGAGAGAUAUAGUAAAUUAUGCACCGAAUAUAUACUAUUAUUCUAAAGAGGACUGUAUGCUUGAACGUCUUAAUCGUUUGCUCAUCCUAACGCAAUUCGACUGUGAUUCUUACUCUUGCUAUCUUGGGGCUGGUUUGGGAAUCCCCGUGCGUCUUCUCUUGGGUCCUCGUUCACAGGUUCGAGUUAAUAUUGGUAAUGCUAAUGAAGUUCGAAUGCUAUGUUACUUCGCUAGUAUUAAGCAGAUAGCCUUCUCGGAAGUUUCUCGACAGGAGACCAGACGAUAUCAAAUCAAAUUGAUCCUCUCCAACGACCCAGUUGGCGAACAGCCAAUAAUCUUCACUUUCGAUUCAAAGUUAACAGCUGAUACCGUAAUUCAUACCCUCGAGGGUUAUUGCAAGCUGUCACCGGAUAUGCGUGAGAAUUCCUCCACCAACAAAGAACGUGCGCCGCUUCUUGAGGCUGGUUCCUCAGUUGUCUCUGUCGCCGUGAAGGCCUGCAAGGCGGGCCUAGGAACCGAAGAAAAGCAACGUUGGCUCGAGGAAGCUGAUCUCCAUGGAAAGCUGAACCAUCCGCAUAUAAUCAAGCUCUACGGGGUUUGCAGAGAUGAGCCAGUUUGGUUGGUAUUGGAGUAUGCCACAGAAGGAGAACUUCGGCAUUAUCUGAUCGAGCGGCAAGGUCGAGUUGCACUAUCAACCCUCAUUACCUAUUGUCAUCAGCUCUCCUCCUCGUUGGCUUAUCUCGAGGCCUUGAAGGUCAUUCAUCGGGAUGUGGCUGCUCGAAACGUGUUGGUGGCCAAUGAAAGUUGUGUCAAACUGGCUGAUUUUGGAAUGGCUCGACAGUUGGUACAGGGUGAAGAUUACUAUGUUGCUGAACAAGGCCGAAAAGUCCCGAUCAAGUGGAUGGCUCCAGAAAGUCUCAAAUCUAGGAUCUUCAGUUCUGCCUCCGAUGUCUGGAUGUUUGGUGUAUGCAUGUGGGAGAUCCUCUCAUUCGGCCUGAAGCCCUUCCAUAGCAUAUCGAACUCGGAGGCAGUCGCAGCAGUUGGUCGAGGUGAACGUCUACCACGACCAGACAUCUGUCUAGUUAGUCACUACCGUCUGAUGCUCGAGUGUUGGAUGGAUGACCCCCUUCUUCGACCCACCUUUAAUACCCUUCAGCCCAAACUCAGAGAGAUAUCAACCGAAGCCAAACGUCUUUCCGCUGAAGACAUAGAAAGGAAGCCUCAAAGAAGCUCAACAUCCAACGGGGAUAAAAGUCCCACAAAGCAGUCUUCACCAGCCAAAGAUGACAGCCGAAUAUCCGAACGGCCGAAUAAUGCUGAAGAUCUCGCCUUGAACGAACCCACCAGACCAUCAGAAUCUGAUAUUCCGAUCCAUAGAUCGACCUAUAGGGUAGUAGAACAGAUUUUGGCAAUCACAAAAAGGUCAGAAAUGCCUUCUAUCAAACAGCUCUUGAAUUCAGUCAGGAGGGUUGGUGAGCUAAUUCGGGCUCUCUUUAUCUUGAUUCAACAAACCGUUGAAGACAUUGAUGACGUUUCUCUUAUUGACUCAGCAGAGCGUCAGCUAACUGAUUCCUUUCACUACUUGGUUGAAGAUAUGCGCAAACUCCGUGAUUUCCACACCAAGAUUGAUAUUAAAGAUGAACUCUAUCGAAGGUUCCUUGGUCAGGCCUUUGUAGUAGCCACCGAUGCGAGAACCCUCUACCAAUCCGUCCAGCAGUGCUGCCAGGCGCACUUUCUACUCAACGCACAACUCUGA